AUGUCUGAUUCAACGACAGUGCUUAUCUCUGGUGCAGGACCUUCUGGACUCGUGACGGCGCUCGCCCUUCUCCAGAACGGUAUCUCUGUUCGAGUAAUCGACAGAAUCUCCAAAUUUCAGAUCGGCCAACGAGGUGCAGCCCUGUCUCCUCGAACUUUAGAGCAUUACAAGCUCCUCGGCUGCUUGGAAGACAUCCAGAAAGCCGGGCCCAUCCUCCACACUCUGAUUCUGUACGAUGAGGACGGUGUUACGCGUAAGAGGGAAAUGCCCAUGUUCCCAAUCGAAGACAACACCCCUGCUACUCCAUAUGGAAACGUUCUCAUUCUCGGACAAGAUCGUCAUGAAGCCAUUCUCCGGAGGCAUCUCGCCAAGUUCGGUGUCUCUGUCGAACUUGGAACGGAACUCGUGGAUUUUGAGCAUGACGACGAUUCCGUCACUGCCACUCUGUGCAAGACCACUGCCGAUGGAGAGAAAGUGAAAGAGACUUCGACAUUCAAAUGGUUGGUUGGUGCUGAUGGCGCCUCGAGCUUCGUACGGAAGAAGCUGGGCUUGAGUUUCCUUGGAACGUGUCGCGAGGCCGAAAAUUUUGUCAUUGGAGAUAUUUACAUCAAGAACUUGGAGAACAAGUUGGACCGAAAGAUCUGGCACGUAUGGGGUGAUGCAUCUAGAAAGAUGGCGAGUCUGCGACCCUACGAGAUACCCGGUGACGAUCGGUGCUAUUACCUUGGUGGUGGUGUAGAGGCUGAUCGCGAUGAGAUGACUUCGAGCCGUGAAGCAUUCAUCAAGUCCUUCUAUGAAGUCAGCGGACGUACGGAUAUCGAAUUUGGCGACCUCAUCUAUCUCCGUCCUUAUAGACCGAACAUCCGUAUGGUCGACAAAUUUGGCUCUGGCCGCGUGUUUGUUGCUGGAGACGCGUCUCACGUACACAGUCCCACCGGCGCACAGGGAAUGAACACAGGCGUCCAGGACUGCAUGAAUUUAGGCUGGAAAUUAGCCAUGGUCGAGAAGGGUCUCGCACCGAAGUCGCUCAUGGAAUCGUACACCCACGAGCGUCUGCCCGUCGUCGCCUCCAUGCUCGACCAGACCACAGCACUCCUCAACAAGACGUUCGGGCGCACUCCCGACAACUUUGACGGCUGGAAGCGAGGGUACGAGUUGCGCCAAUUCGGUGUCAACUACCGUGGAAGUCCUAUCAUUGUCGACGAGACCUCUAGUGACGCGAGCGAGGUAGUCGACCCUUACCGGUCUGGAAACGACGGCACUGUACGUGGCGGUGACCGUGCUCCAGAUGCGCCGGGCUUGAUUUCAGUCGGUCAGCCGUCAGACAAAUAUUUGUCGACCUUGUUCGACAUUUUCGGACCGACGCAUCACACCCUACUCUUGUUCUCCGAUGACAAGGAGAAGCAGACGGCUAUCCUGGAAUCGGUUAAGAAGUAUCCCGCUAAUAUCCUGAAACGCGUGGUUGUUUUGUCGGAGAACACAGAGGUCAAGUCUAGUGAUCUGCCCGCCGAACUUGUCUUCAAAGACAAGGAUGGGUAUGCAUACCAGAACUAUGUGAUCAAGAGCAGGAGUCUUGACACGGUCGUCGUUCGUCCGGACGGCGUCAUUGGUGCUCUUGUCGGAGGCGUAGACGGUUUGAAGACCUACUUCGACGGCGUAUUCACCCCUGACGUUGAGACAGUGGCGGCGUCGUUGAAAUCCUUGACGGUCUAG